CAUCUCAUCUUUUUGUCCUCCUUUUAUUUUUAAACCGUGAUUUUCUCUUUUUCUUGUCCCUUUGAUACCCUCGUCUUCGUCCUUUUUCUUCUGCGCUCCGAACUCGGCCGAUAACACACAUACACCCUCACAAACACAAUGGUUCUCCGAAUCGUCGCAAAGUCGGCGGCACGUGCCCAACCUGCCGCUGCUCUCUUCUCCUCUUCUGCCACCAGAACCCUCGCCACAGUCUCGUCCGCCUCGUCGAGCCACAAGGUCGUCGUUGUCGGCGGAGGAGCCGGCGGUCUCAGCGUCAGCCACCAAUUGCUGCGCUCUGGCAAGUACACACAAGAUGACAUUGCUGUUGUUGACCCCGCGGCCUUUCACCACUACCAGCCCGGCUGGACGCUUGUUGGUGGCGGCCUGAAGAACAAGGACGACCUCAAGAUGUCGCUGCCCGAGCUGGUCGACUCCAAGCUCAAGUUCUACAACAACGGCGUCGAGACCUUUUCUCCCGACAACAACUCUGUCCAGCUGAGCGACGGUCGCACAUUGAACUACGAGCACCUCAUUGUCAGUCCUGGUAUCCAGAUCAAGUAUGAUGCCAUCAAGGGUCUGCCUGAGGCCCUUGCCGACCCUUCCUCGGCCGUCACCACCAUCUACGGCUAUGAUACUUGCGACAAGACGUUCCGCCUCAUCGAGCAGUUCAAGAAGGGCAAGGCCAUCUUCACACAGCCCGCCGGCAUGAUCAAGUGCGCUGGUGCCCCUCAAAAGGCCCUCUGGCUUGCCCUGGACCACUGGAAGAAGGCUGGUCUCUACAACCCUAGCUCGCCCUCCGAUAUCCAGAUCAGCUUUGCCACUGGCCUGCCCGUCAUGUUUGGCGUCAAAAAGUACAGCGAGAAGCUCAACCAGCUGCGCGAGGAGCGCGGCGUCGAGGGCCUCUUCCAGCACGACCUGGUCGAGAUUGAUGGCGACAAGGCCAUCUUUGCCAAAGCAGACGGCUCCAAGUUGACAGAGCAGUUUGGUCUGCUCCACGCUGUGCCCAAGAUGGGCCCUUACGCCUUUGUGGCCAAGAGCCCACUCGCUGACGCUGCUGGACUUGUGGAUGUCGACAAGGCCACUCUCCGCCACCAGAAGUACGCCAAUGUCUGGUCAUUGGGCGAUGCCUCUAGCUUGCCCACCUCCAAGACUGCCGCCGCCAUUACCGCCCAGACUCCCGUGCUCGUAGCCAACCUGCUGAGCGCCUCGGAGGGCAAGGACGCUGUUGCUGCGUACGACGGCUACGCUUCGUGCCCGCUCACCACCGAGUACGGCAAGGUCCUGCUCGCCGAGUUCAAGUACGACUUGAUCCCCAAGGAGACAUUUGGCAAGCUGCUCGGCAUCGACCAGGCUGUUCCCCGCCGCGCAUUCUACCACCUCAAGAAGGACUUUUUCCCAUGGGUCUACAAGAACCACAUGGUCAAAGGCACCUGGGGCGGCCCCAAGGGUUUCCUUCGUUGAGUUUUAUAAAUAAAAAAGGAAAGGAAAAGUUUGUAGAUUAUUAUUAUUAUUAUCAUGAAUGACAAAAAUAUGUUCAAAUAUGGCAUAUUCAUUUAGUUUGUCUCGUUCUGUCCACCGUCGAUAUUAUCAUUGUCACUAUUGGCGGCCGGCUCGUCCCGCCUGCGCUCCAACCGCUGGUGCCUCCGCACAUAUUGGGUAUAGCCAAGAAAAAAAGCUCACCAUCAAGACAUACAGCCAUGUGAAUUCCGCCAAUUUAUAAAACAGCCGCGGGACUCCUGUUGCCUUGACAAAGUUGAACACCUUUUGCAUCCAUUUGCCCAAGCUCGGGAGCCUUUUCAUCCACUGCGCCUGGCGAUGUUCAUACUCUCACAGCUUCAAGUCAAAUGCAAAAUUGCCACGAGAGAGACUAGACGAAGUCCACAAAUCCUUAUAUGUCCAUGGUCGUACUAAUGUAUCAUAUGCUUCUUGCUCUUCCAUGAUGGUCUCGUCUGUUACGUCUCGCCAGUCGCUCUGGCACAAGGUUCUGCGAUGAGCAGCUGUGCUGGGCACAAUGCCGAAGCAAUCAUUGCUCCAUUUGCCAACAGUUUCUUCUGCUCCUUGGGCACCUGGAAAUCCGCUGUGCGUGAGCAUAAUGAGGCCUAGAUCAAAAGGCCACCUUUGUGCCGUAGCCAUGGAUAGCGACGCGCGGGAUUGGCUGCCACCCCCAGUUUUGCGACAGUCGAAGCCGUAGGUACACCUGCUUGGUCUCGUUGCGCAAAAACCACGUCUUGCCUGCAAGUCUUUGGAAAUCGGGUAUAUGUGCUUGAUAGAGCAUGGCUUCCAAAUCGCAGACGUCUUGGUCGUGCGGCGAACAACGCGAGCUCUCCCAUUCAACGCCAACAGGGUGGCUAGCCAGUAGAUACCGAGAGUCGCCUUCUCGAAACAGCGUGUCGUACAUGGCCAAAUUCCAAUUAUCUUUGGAUAAGUUACACAUAUUAUCCAUAUUGGCGAAGGUUGGUAGCCCAGUAAAGAAAUUUGUUAAUGAGAUUCUCUCUAGCUGCCGAAAGUCGCUAAUUCUCGUUGUGAUGGGCUGAUCAGCCCAGAUUCCAACCGUGGACGGAGGGUGGUACCGAGUAAACAUGAGGUGUGCAAAAUAUGUGCAGCUGCUUCCUAGACUCAUAAUGUCCUUAAAUGUAGGUAGUAGGUCCAAGAUCAUUAUUAUCACUUCAUAAGGCAGAGCUUCCAAAGUCAGUUGUUUACGCGGUAGGUCAGCCUCAUGUUUUAUAGACCGUCGGUGUCUCUUGCGCCUAUUGUCCACUGCAAGUCACACGAAUUCACCAGCCGAGCAAAUAUAUUCGAUCUCUGAUCCAGCAUGAUAUGGGAACGGUGUGGACGGCAGCUUCCGACGAGGCCAUCGCGCCGUGGUAUUCAAAGUACAGCGAAGGCGUCGUAGGGGUCCUGGUAGACUUCGCUGUCUUCUGUCGCAGGCAUUCCACCACAUAUCAGAGAGUGGCUGUUAUUCGCGACCGUUGAAUGGUCCAUGGCCAGUUCUGCACCGCUCUCCGUGGCUGAUCAUAUGUUGUAAUAGUGAAGUGAGGAUGUUACAUGUCGAGGCUUCGACAUCUUUCAGAUGCUGUGCCUUGUAAGCAUGCCGCCAUCAGUUCAGCCUCAGUACUAGGUCCGGGUUGGACCCGAAGACGGGCUUC